AUGUUUAUAGAUCUCAACGUGGUUUGGCCUUCACUGGGAGUUAAGGAUGUAAAUCUUAAAAAGACUGUGAUGAUGCUUGAAAAGCUCGGAUACAAGGCAGUUGCCUUAAACUUCCAGUUUGAUGGAAAAUUGCAAGGAAUCAUACACAAUCCAAUUCCAAAGGAAUUAUUCCCUGAUCAGAAAAUAAAAGUUUACUCAAGGAUAACAGUCACCCUUGAAAGUACGCCUCAAAACCGAAUUCUUCAUGACUCUACAAAGGAAUUCGAUAUUUUGGCUGUUCGUCCAAUUGGUGAAAAACUACUUCAACAUGCAUGCACAGAUCUAGAAGUGGACAUUAUAAGCUUGGAUAUGACACAAAGGCUCCCAUUCUACUUAAAACAUACCAUGCUUGGAGUUGCAGUUACUCGUAAUGUUGCUCUUGAAGUUUCGUAUGCUGCUGGUCUUCGUGACAGUUCUGCUCGAAGAUACGUUAUCAAUAACGCAGCCAGUUUAACGAGGGCGACUCGUGGUAGAGGUAUUCUUGUAACUAGCGAAGCUCGAUCUCCUCUCGAAUGCCGUGGAGGACAUGAUGUUGUUAAUUUGGCAACUUUCUGGGAUAUGAAACAAGACAAUGCACGGAAGGCAAUUGGGGAAUUCGCCCGUGCUGUUCUUUUGCACGCCGAUUCACGCCGUAAUACUUACCGAGGUAUUUUAAAAGAAAUUAAGGCGGAGGAGCGACCUGUUAAAAGAAUAAAAGCAUAA